UUACCAGUGCGUACAGGUAUUGUGCGACCUGUAGUUUACCUGUGCCGUGUGUUCAGUCGUCGCUCGCCAGCCGUUCGCGUCGUGCGCAGCAGCCGAAUAAAAAACACACUCACAAGCCGUGUGCGUCGUCAGUUGUGUGUAUGUUGUAAUUUCACUAACGCUUCUUUUGUUUAUUUAAUUAUUUAAUUUGUUUUUUAAAAACGGUGUUGAUAUUAUCAACUGAUAGAUAGCGAGAAAUUACGGAACAGAAGAAGACGGAAAUCUUGAGUGCGGGAAUUUGUUGUGUGUUGUCGCGGUUUGUUUCGUGUUGCGGCGUGUUAUCUGUACGUUGAUAAGCGCACCGACGGGAAAACAAAAGGUCGAUGCGGUAAUUCGGUGUGCGCACGCUGAGAUAAAUAUCGGAAUACAAUCUGCGCUAGUGCACAACUUGUGGAUUAAUUUAUUUUAAAGUUAGGAUCAUGCAUCCACUCCGGAUUGUCGUGAUAAUGUCCGAGCGUGAAUCCUCUACGCGAUGAGAUCCCUGGAGGAAUACAUCGUAGACAUGGAGAAACGCAAUAACAACAUGGCGGCGCAUCCGAGCCUGAAUGGCGGUGGCGAGAAUAGCGCAGGCGCUGGCGUCACCAACGGCGUGCCGAUCCCCGAAGACCUCUGGACGCAGCUGCGGCUCAAGGACAACGAUCUACAACUGGCUGCUGAAUUAGGUAAAGCACUGCUUGAUAAAAACGAGGAGUUGAAACGCCAGCAGGAGCAGAUCAUCGAAGAGUAUUCGAAAAAAUUAGAGGAAGUAGAACAGGACAGACACCUACAAAAGCGCAAAUUCGCCACCAGGGAGUCUGAAUAUGAGGCGAGAAUACUCGAACUUGAGAAGGACAUCGCUGAGAUGAACGAUAAAUCCUCCACGAAGGAUCAGACAGUUAAACAAUGGGAGAAGGAAAAAUCUUCACUGCUUACAGAGUUAACGGCACAAAAUUCCAGGCUCACACAACAAUUAAAAGAAUCACAAUUACUGGAAAACCAACUCCAACAGCAGAUCCACGAGUUACGAGAGCAGUGCGCUCUUGGAAAAUCCACGCUACAGGAUCACAUGAACGGCGUGGAAGGCCUCCGCGACGAAUUAGAGCUAAUGACAGCGAAGAAAACCGAAUUAGAGCGGCGUCUGCACAUGGGCUUAAAAGAGCGCGACGCACUGGCCGCCGAUUUGGAGGAAGCCUCACAACGUAUCCUGCUCAUGGAGCGCCAUGCUAGAGACCAAGAUAUGCGCUAUCAGCAGAGCAUGAAGGACUUUAACAUGCCGCAGGAGGAAAAAUACUCGAUGGAAGAUCGUCUACACAACGGUGAACAUCGAUCUUUAUUAGUAGAAAUGGACAUCUCGGAGCCAACGCUCAGCCAGGAGUGCAUGUCCGUCUACCGCCAGCUGCGUGGUCUCGUCCAGCAGCUGAAGACGCACGCCGAUGACGAUUCCGGCCUGCAUUCGGAUUGUUCCACGGGCGCCGAGGACGAUAAACACUUCUCGGCGGGGCUGCUGAGUGAAGUUGCGCAGGAAUUAGUCGGGCUGGUGCUGGAUAGUGAUGUUGUGAGGGUUUUGGAACGGCUGGAACAGGCACGGCAUGAGAUACAAGAGCGUGAUGUUGAGCUGCAGCGAAGAGCGGAUGAUGUGAUGGAGUUAACGACGAAGUUGUCGGUGAGUGAGGCUGAGCUACGCGCGACUUUGGAGGAGCGAGAUCGGGCGAGACACGACGCCAGUCAUUCGUCGUUGAAUCAGGAUGAAGUUGUUGCUAAGGCGCGAGAGGUGCGGGAUCAGGCUGUUAGCAGGAAGAAUAAGGCGGAGAUUGAGCUAGCGAAGGUGCGAGUUGAGCUGCUGCAGGCAAACAGUCAACUCAUGGAGGCUAUCCAGCAGAAGAUUGAGCUGAGUCAACAGCUUGAUCAGUGGCAGAUGGACAUGCAGGAGUUGCUCGAUGAUCAGGUCAAGUCAAAACUGACAACAUCCGAGAUCAAGAUCCGUUCGGAUGGUACAGUCGGCACCACCACACCGACGACGCCGAUAAUGGCCACGACGCGCCGUCGUCUACUGCAACUAUUCCAGCGAUAGCACACCACUACCCCGACCACAAUCACCCAAUCACACGUACAGAGACUGAUUACGAUAACGCAUUGCCUUCGAGUCGCGUUGCCUUUGAGUCAAGUGCUUCAAUAAUUUAUAGGAAAUGUCUAGGGUAAUAGUGAAUGCGAAAUGAUUUUAUUUAUCGACAUCUCUAGCGAAUUAACUUAAUCACGAUGAUAACCAAUUUGUAUUUCUAUGAACUAAUAACUGUGAUCCGAGGAUGUAAGUUUAGGCAAUUUUCUGAUUCGUAACUAAUGUGACUAAUCGAACCAAAUUUUAAGCGAGGCGCACGCGCUGUUUUGUUUUUAUUGUUGUAUAUCGACAGGCGCGUCGUGCAUUACUAUUAGAUUCUACUAAAAUUUGUUAUUGUAUAAGAACCUAAGUGCAUUUACUGAAUGAGACGCUUUUUACAUGGAA